CGGCUUGGGCUGGAAGCGAGAGCCGGGGCUGCUUUAUUAUCAGCUAAGAGGGAGGAGGAGACGGUGCGUAAAGCGGCGAGAGCGCGGCGCCCCGAGCCCCGCCGCCGGCCCUCUCCCCCCGCGCCCCCGCAGGUGGGAGCGCAGCCCCCGCCGCUCCGCGCCUGCCGCAGCACCAGCGGGAGCCGCCGCGGGGGCAGGCGGCGCCGCUCGCCCGCCCGCGGGGGACAGGUGCUCGCCCCCCGUCCUUCGAGCCGCCCCGCUCCCCGUGCGGGCGACUCCCGGCGCGCCCAUGUAAGCCCCGUUCUGCGGGAGGCUGCGCGCCCUCCGCGGGAGCGCCCGGGCGGGAGGAGGCGGCCGGGGCAGCGCUGGAGUGAGCGGGGGCGGCAUGGUGUCCUGGCGGCGGAGGCCGGGGCCCGGCCUGGCGCGGCUCUGGGGCUUGUGCUGCCUGGUGCUGGGCUGCUGGAGGGGCGCGCUGGGCUGCCCCGCGUCCUGCCGCUGCAGCUCCUGGAGGAUCUGGUGCGCGGAGCCGGCGCCGGGCAUCGCCUCCUUCCCCGUGCCGCAGCGGAGCGCCGAGGGCGACAAUGUCACCGAGAUUUACAUCGCAAAACAGCGAAAUUUAGAAAGUAUCAAUGACAAUGAAGUUGGAUUCUAUGUUGGACUUAAAAAUCUGACUGUGGUGGAUUCAGGCUUAAGAUUUGUGUCCCGUCAUGCAUUUGUGAAAAAUGUCAACCUACAAUACAUCAAUUUAUCCAGAAACAAGCUCUCAAGUUUGUCCAAGAAGCCUUUCCGCCAUCUGAGUUUGUCUGAUCUGAUAUUGGUGGACAAUCCAUUCAAGUGUUCCUGUGAAAUUAUGUGGAUCAAGAAAUUUCAAGAGACCAAGUUUUACCCAGAAACUCAGGAUUUAUAUUGCAUAGACGACAACAACAAGAGGACAGCCUUGCUGGAUAUGAAGGUCCCGAACUGCGACUUGCCCUCAGCAAAUUUAAGCAAUUACAAUAUCACCGUGGUGGAAGGAAAGAGUGUCACAUUGUACUGUGAUACUACUGGUGGGCCACCUCCUAAUGUGUCCUGGGUGGUCACUAAUCUUGUUUCAAACCAUGAGAGUGACACGAGUAAGAACCCUGCCUGGCUAACCAUAAAGAAUGUUUCAUCCAUGGACAGCGGACUGUGGAUAUCCUGUGUAGCGGAGAACAUUGUGGGAGAGGACCAAGCUUCUGCUGAGCUUACGGUAUUCUUUGCACCAAAUAUCACAUUUAUUGAAUCUCCAACUCCGGACCACCACUGGUGUAUUCCAUUCACUGUGAAAGGGAACCCUAAGCCCACAUUGCAGUGGUUCUAUGAAGGAGCUAUACUAAAUGAAUCUGAAUACAUCUGUACUAAAAUACAUGUUAUCAAUCAAAGUGAAUACCAUGGCUGCCUUCAGCUGGACAAUCCUACCCACCUGAAUAAUGGUGCUUAUACCUUACUGGCAAAGAAUGAGUAUGGGGAAGAUGAAAAACGAGUUGAUGCUCAUUUCAUGUCAGUGCCUGGAGAUGGUAGUGGCCCAAUUGUGGAUCCAGACGUUUAUGAGUAUGAAACCACACCUAAUGAUCUUGGAGACACCACAAAUAACAGUAAUCAGAUCACUUCUACAGAUGUAUCCAACAAAGAGAAUGAAGAUAGCAUCACUGUCUAUGUUGUAGUGGGAAUUGCAGCACUAGUGUGCACUGGCUUAGUAGUAAUGCUCAUUAUUCUGAAGUUUGGAAGACACUCUAAGUUUGGGAUUAAAGGCCGAGGAUACACACCAAGAAGAAUUUGGCCGGUGACUGUUCAUGGUGAAGUAAAAGGAGUUGGUCUGGUAGAUCAAAUAUGGCUUUCAUUGCAAGACUGCGACAAUGAAGGUCCUUCUUCAGUUAUCAGCAAUGACGAUGAUUCAGCCAGUCCUCUCCACCAUAUCUCAAAUGGCAGUAACACUCCAUCUUCUUCUGAGGGGGGUCCUGACGCAGUGAUCAUUGGGAUGACGAAGAUUCCCGUCAUUGAAAAUCCCCAGUAUUUUGGAAUUACCAACAGUCAGCUCAAGCCAGACACCUUUGUGCAGCACAUCAAACGCCACAAUAUUGUCCUCAAAAGAGAACUGGGAGAAGGAGCCUUUGGGAAAGUCUUUCUGGCGGAAUGCUAUAACCUCUGUCCUGAGCAGGACAAGAUCUUGGUGGCAGUGAAGACACUGAAGGAUGCCAGUGACAAUGCUCGCAAGGACUUCCACCGUGAGGCAGAGCUGCUAACCAACCUGCAACAUGAGCACAUUGUCAAGUUCUAUGGUGUCUGUGUUGAGGGUGACCCACUCAUCAUGGUCUUUGAGUAUAUGAAGCAUGGAGAUCUUAACAAAUUUCUAAGAGCACAUGGACCAGAUGCAGUACUGAUGGCAGAAGGCAACCGUCCUGCUGAGCUGACCCAAUCCCAGAUGCUUCACAUUGCCCAGCAGAUUGCAGCUGGUAUGGUUUACCUGGCAUCCCAGCACUUUGUGCAUCGGGAUCUUGCUACCCGGAAUUGCCUGGUUGGUGAGAACCUACUGGUGAAGAUUGGGGAUUUUGGGAUGUCUAGAGAUGUGUACAGCACAGACUACUAUAGGGUUGGGGGUCACACCAUGCUGCCCAUUCGUUGGAUGCCUCCAGAGAGUAUCAUGUACAGGAAGUUCACCACAGAAAGUGAUGUCUGGAGCCUGGGGGUUGUACUGUGGGAAAUCUUUACCUAUGGCAAACAGCCGUGGUAUCAGCUCUCAAACAAUGAGGUGAUUGAGUGCAUCACUCAGGGCCGAGUCCUGCAGCGACCUCGCACAUGCCCCAAGGAAGUGUAUGACUUGAUGCUUGGCUGUUGGCAGCGGGAGCCUCACAUGAGGCUCAACAUCAAAGAAAUCCAUUCCCUUCUCCAGAACUUGGCCAAGGCAUCUCCGGUCUACUUGGAUAUUUUAGGCUAAAGUCUAGCAUUUCUUCUUAUGGGCUGCGGGAAUGAAUGUGUUCAACUGCCGCUGAACUCCAUUAAAAUGUGUUCUUAACUCUGACAGCAUUAAUGACAAAGUUGCGGAGAAGCUUUCAAAGGGCAAGCAAUGUGCACUUCUCCAUCUGUAGACACAGUAUUGACUUUUUAGACAUCACUGAGACAUAUGUCCUCUCUCUCUUUCAGUUUCUUUCAUUUUUUUCUUCUCUCCUCUCUUUCUAAUCAAUUUGGCUUCUGCAUUAUUGUAACUCUGCAUAGACAAAGGCCUUAAAAACCUGAUCUGUUAUAUCAGCGAACUCUUCAGUUUGCCCACCACAACUAACAAUGCCUUGUUGUAUUCAUGCCUUUGAUGUGGAUGAAAAAAAGGGAAAUACACAUUUGACUCGAACUUCAUGAUUUCUGCUGUACAGCUACUGGGAGUUUCUGUGGAUUCACCUCAAUUUUUGUGCUUCAGCAUGUGGUUGGAAAAAGAAGACUGAUGUUCUCUACAUGAAGCAUAUUCCUUGCAGAGAUAAAGCCAGAUGGAAAGAAGACAGUCUUGUGUGAUACACUGUCUGGAGGAACUAGGGCAUCAGAUGGCAUCCAACCCCACAAAAAACACUGAAAUGAUUUCAUGGAAGGCAAGAGGGUGUUUAGCACUUUCCCUGAAGAGUCUUUCUGAGGACUAAAGAGACUGUUCAAGGAGGUGCUUUGCCAGCACCUUUCAUUGCCGGAUACACGUAAAGGGAAAAAGAUGCUGCCUGCACUGCACACACUUACCUUACAAGACGAUAAACUAAACACAUGCCCUUAUUUUGUCUUCUGGUAGGGUGUUGUCAUGCCACUGGUAUAAUAAUGUUCUCCGGAUAGUCUUUUUUGAUACAGGCUGAAGCUAGGCUUAUUAAUGUACAGUAUUAAUUUCAGGAUCACAUGUUGAAACUAAGGCUUUUGAUAAGAUAGGACAAGCUAUAGAUGCUGGGGCAGGCAUAUCUUAUACUGUGCUUGUCGAGCAGUAUAUUCCUUCCUUCCUCAGUCCUUUUUCUUUUUUCUAAACCGUGCAAGCAAAACUGUGCAUGGUCUUUGUCGAUUAAUGCCCUUUGUGAAGAAACUAUCACUCAUGUUGUAGUACACCCUAGUAGGCAUAGCGAACUCAUAACAAUAUAACUUAUAUUUCAUUAGAAGGGGCUAAUGGAGGACAUUAGCCAUGUUAAAAUGCCUUUACAAUGUUACAGAAACAAUAGGCUGAUAUAACAUGAAUAAUCUAAUGUACAGAGAUCACUGAUUAUGUUUGAGCCAUGGCAGGGGAUAAAGAUCUCUAGAGAAAACAAAUUACUCUGAGGUUAUGGCUUACUAUUCAGAGUGCAAAGACCUUGAGCUCAGCACCAUGUUUGUAUUGGUACUAGUGCUGUCAUUACGAACAUCCAGUCUUUCUUAAAUAAUUUAUAUUUGGUUGGAUUGGCAUUGUAUGUGUACAACAUUUGCAUGGCCACUGUGUUGAUGACAGCUGCAUGGGGAUACUUGUUAUUUUUCAAACCAGAAGUCGGCAGUUUCAAAUUUAGAGUUAGGAUUAUUUUUAAUAUGAAUUCUUACAAAUGAAAACCUACCUUACCUGUUCCUCAAGACUUUUGCCUCCCUCUGUGAGGGGGCGUUAACUGCAAAAAAGUGAUCUUUCUGUUUUCGCUUUUUGUUAUUUCUUAUUGAUAUGAGCCAGAUCAAGGUAGUCCUUCAUCUUCGUAAUGGGGAUAUUUUAUUUAAUAAAUUAAGCAUUUUAUUUUUGUAAGUGUUCCCAUAGCACAUUUAAUAUAUAAUUUGCUCGCAUAUAUUAUUUAUUGAGGCACUUUAGGUUUUUCCUUCAGAAGCUUUUAGAGCUAGCUCAUAAAGAUUCUGAACAUUUUCUGAAGAAAGCAGUUCACUGGACAGUGAUGAAGUUUUACCCUUCUCAAUGUCAUUGAAAAGGCAGCAUUACAAAUAAACAUGACAGUGUAACUAUAAAGCCAUACUCAGUAUUUCUUUAAUAAACCAGAUGUUAUUUCUUAACCACUGUUGAACUGGAAACACAUGAAAAGCCAGAGGAAGAUUCCUGCAAAAUGGGCCUUAAGAUUUUAUCUAGACUGUCUUGGAAGUUCACAUAGAAAGCUAGGUAAAGACUGAGCAUCCAGUGAAACCCAUUCUCUUGAGAAUCUGAAUGUUGUGUUUUAAAGGAAUUUGAAAUUUAUUUUCAAAAUAACAGUGGUGGAAAAGGAAGUUAUCAGAGUCUGCUCUUACUGUGCAACGGGAGGAGGCUGCAGGUGGUGGAGGGGGUACUAGGUUUCUACCUGCUGUAUUCUGUCUUAAUUUCUUAUAAGCUGAAGAAAAAGGCAUCUGAGAUGCUUCUUCUGUUGGAAACAGGCUCCAGCCUGAAAGUGAACAGGUGGGUUUUGCAAGAACUGAAAGAAUGUAUACCAAAAAUAACCACAACCCCCUGAAAAUGUACUUAGUGGCAUCUCAUUUUUCAUUUACUAGUGAGACUAGUAGUGUCAUUUCAAAGAAUAAGUAGUGUUACAAUGCAUUGUGCAAUAACAUAGCAGUAUGUUAAACUUCUAAAGGACCAAAUGUUCUACAGAGCCACCCUUAUGGAUAACCUUGACCUAUAUCAUUAAUGUUCUUGAUAGUGCAUAAAAUGUAUAAUCACAGUAGACUAGCUAUAAACUGUAGCUAUACAUAGUUUGCAUUUGUUCUUGGAAAGGUGGAUAAGUGUAGCAGAAUGAGCAAAGAAGAAGAAACAUGUUCAAAUCACAAUGAAGGGUGAGUAUAUGUGCAUAUUCGUCAUGCUUGCACUGUCACCUAAGUCGUGUACACUGAGUAAAUAUGACAAUCAGGCUCGUUUAAAAAGUCUUUCUGGACUGUGCUAUGAACUGAUCAUAAAUAUAUAUUAUAUAUGUGUGUUUGUAUGUGGCAUAUAUAUAUAUACACACAUAGCAUAUACAUGUAUGCCUAUGUCUGUUUUAUUUAAUUUAUAUAUGUGCAGACAUGCAUGCACAUUAUGUAUGGGCUGUGUGUAUAUGUAUACAUUUACAUACACCUAUGUUAUUACAAAUGAUGAUUAGAGUGCUAUUAAUAAAUUGAUAAAGUCUGCUGAGUAAACAAAUUAUUUUUUUUUCUUUUGAUAUUUCUUUUUCUGUUUUUAAGAUUCAAGUUUUUAACUGGUGUGCAGCAGAGGCAGUGCUAGAGUGUCAGAUAUAUAAGAACAAGCACUUUUUUUCCCCUAGAUAAUUGCAUAAAAACAUUUCUUCCUUUCCCAUCUCACUUGUUGAUUUCUGAGAAAGAAAUGAACAGACGAACUUCCAAGCUCAGAAAGCAGAAUUUGUUUUACUGUCAUAUCUGAGUUUGUACUGUUGUUGUUUUAUUGUCCUAGAUUAACAGUGCUGCUCCAUUAGCAUUUUAUACUCAUCCACAGUAACAAAAUAAUUCCAAGAAUGAGCUGAACUAUUUGAACUGCAGCACAACUAGUAGGACAAUGAGAAUGCUAAAAUUCACAGUAAUAAUAGCAUUUGCCACAGUCUGUCCUUCACUCUCAGUAGAUCUUAAGAACUCGCAACUGGCCAUGUAGGACAGAUACUUGUAAAGCAACAGCGCCCCAUGAUGCAUGAUGGAGUGUGCCAUUCUUAAGACUUCAUUUUGAUUUGUAAAAAAUAUACCUACAUAUUGUCUACACUUUAAUAAGUACUGCCUACUUUUUCUUCCUUUUUCAUCCUUUCUUGCUAUUUAUUUAUCAUCUUCCUUCUUUCUCUUUUCCUUUAUUUCCUUUUCCCAUUCUUUCUUUCUUUCUUUCUUUCUUCUUUUCUCUUCCUUUCUCUCUUCCUCUCUUCCUUUUUUUCCUGUACAACUCCCAACCUUUCUGAGAGAUUGUUUUUGUUGUGGUUGAUGUAGACUUUUACAAAACACUUUAAAAAGAAAUUAAAUAACCCAAUAAAAUGGUCAGGUCACUGGAUGACUAAGGUACAAUGCACAUGUGUUAGAACAAGUCUGUGUCUGCGUUAUUGCAGCCUGUAACUGAAUUUCAAAUACUUCUAUACAAUGUGAGGGAGGGGAGUGGAAUGGGGCUGGGGAAUUGAUCAGGGUUUCUAAUCAAAGAUGAAGGUUUUGAUAGCACAGGAAGUUGUAUUUUCUUGUUGUGAGGGCUGGGAUGCACCACUGCUGCUUUUAAACACGAGGUCCUUUAGAGCCUUAGUUAAAACACCUUGUUUGGGUGGGCAGGAGGGUGUGCUACAUUCAUCACAAAUACGACGCAAAAAAAAAAAAAGUCUACAUGUUGCAGGGAAAACACUGUGAAUUUCACAAUAGCAACCAAGUGACUAUUUUGCCAUCUUUAAAACAUAUGUCUCAGGAGAAGAAAUGGGAAAAGAUGGGUGUGUUAUUUUACCGUCUAUGCAUUCUAGACCAGGUCUGUGGGGGUUUUUUGUUUGCUUGUAGAAGGUUCUGAGUGAUGACCGUCUGGUAUUUCAUAAACACUGAAUACUUUGGGCAAAGAUAAUAGAAGCUGCUAGUAGUGAGGCCUUUUGAUUGGAAUAUGUGAGAAAACAUAGGUCAAAUGAAUCUUUCAGGAGGACUAUGUCUUGCAGCUUAUAUUUAUCUUUCUGUAAUUUAAAGAGAAGCAGCUAAGAAUGUUUUAUAUACAAGUAAUUUAAUUCAACAUUGAUGUUUAAUUGAAUCACCAAUAGAGAGAGAAUCAAUUAUGAAAUAUUUGUCCCAGCCCUGCUCUCCUAUACCUAUACUUUAUGUAUAUAUAUUUCUAGAUAUCACUCUCUUUGUCAUUUAUGAUAAAGAGGAAGAUAUCUACAUAUAAAUCUCUAUAUUGUCACCAAACUGUGACCUGGUGUGUAGAGCUAUCUUUCUGCUUUCUUUUUAUUUAUUUUUUUUUAUUUUUUUUUUUUAAUUUUUUUUUUGAUGUGAUGUCUCCGUGGAAAUAUUUAGUGGUUCUUGUUUUGCAGUUUGUUAUAACAAAUCAUAGCUUUAAAACUUUCAUUGCAUCUUGGCUGAUUUCAAAGUGAUGCCUAGGUAUCAGUGUUAAAAGUUUUGUUUGUGAAUCAUGUGACCAGCUUCUCUCGACCUGACAUGGAAAGUCCUGUAUUACAGUGUAUUUAAUAAAAAUGAUGUCUUACAAUAAACAAUGUCAUCCAAAAGA